CUUUCCCCUUUUUCCGCCAUUCCUUCUCACAAUCAAUCCCGAUCGAUAUCCAAAGAACACAAAACCGAUUUCGUUCUCAUCGUUCCCAAAUCCCAAAUCCAAAACCCUAACCCUAGCUAUCUCCAACCCCAAGAUUGCGCCCCAGGUUGUUUGGAUUUGGGAUCGGAUCGUGGCUCCCAGAUCUGGGAAUGGACGGGCGGGAUCCAACGGCGGCCGGUGGCGAUGGGCCGGUGGAGGAGGACGGUGCUCUUUCCGUCACUGCGGCGCUGGCGAAGGAGGCUGCCGCGUUGUUUCAGAGUGGAAGGUAUUCGGAGUGCGUUGAGGUUUUGAACCAGCUUUCGCAGUUGAAGGAGGACGAUGCGAAGGUUGUUCAUAACAAGGCUGUUGCUCAAUAUUUCUGCAAUGGUUGUUCCAAUCCAAGGAAAUUGCUUGAUGUGCUUGACAAGGUAAAGAGGCAAAGCGAAGACCUUGUCCGGUCCUCUAGGGAGGAGAGGGAUGUUAUUGGAAACAAUGGAAGCAAUCUGGGCUCAGGAUCUACUGCAAGCUCGACUCCAUUAUAUCAGCUUUCUGCUCCAAAUUCUAGCCGCAUUACCUAUGCAGAUGAAUUUGAUACUUCCAUCGUGACUUUAAACACUGCAGUAAUUCUGUAUGCUCUGCAUGACUACGAUGGUGCAUUAUCAAGACUAGAGCCAUUAUAUCAAAACAUAAAAUCUGUCGAUGAAGCAAAUACUCUUCAGAUAUGCUUUCUUUUACUGGAUAUUGCAUUAGCUUCCCAAGAUGCGCUGAGAGCUGCAGAUGUGAUUCAAUAUUUGGAGAAGUUAUUUGGUGUUGGCUGCCUCACAAACCAAAUUGAUGAUGGAACUGGUGCUGAUAAUCAAUAUUCAAAUGAAGUUGCUUCAGCAAACAUUAAUGUCAAUGUGCAAGAUGCCUCUAGAUCAGAUUCAAGUGACAGUCCAAGCAUUCCUGAGAACUCCCUCGCACGAACUUUAUUGGAUGAAUCAUUGGAGUAUGAAACAUUUAUCUCAGCAAUGGAUGGUGGUACUCCUAACUUGGGUAGGUCUGCUACAAAGGAUGUCUCAAAAUCAUCAGUUGAUCGGAUUGCGCCUGCCAUUGUGCAACUUUACAAGGUCAAAUUUCUGCUACUUACCAGAAACCUGAAGGCAGUAAAGCGUGAACUCAAGCUUGUUAAGAAUAUUAAAGGCAGCGGAGGUUCACCACUGCUGUUGAAGUCCCACCUAGAAUAUGCUUGUGGCAACCAUCAAAAUGCUAGAGAACACUUGAUGUCAUUCAUGGGUCAGAAAGAACAAAGAAUUCGGGCUAUACUGCAUAACAACCUUGGAUGCAUAUCUCACCAACUAGGAGAACAUCACACGGCUAUCUGGUAUUUUUUGAAGGCAUUACAUAGCUGCUCAGCACUACGAUCUGAGAAGCCUCCAAAACUUUCAACUUAUUCACAGGAUAAAUCCCUUGUCAUAUUUUACAAUUGUGGCUUGCAAUAUUUAGCCUGUGGAAAACCAUUAGUUGCAGCUAGAUGUUUCCGUAAAGCUGCUCCUUUUCACAGUCGACUUCUUUUAUGGCUCCGGUUCGCUGAAUGCUGUUUAUUAGCUCAAGAAAAGGGUCUCCUUCAAAAAACCCCUUCCUCUAGCAGUGAAGAGAUUAAAGUUCAAGUAAUUGGUUCAGGCAAAUGGAGGCAUUUAUUUGUGGAGAACAUUAACUCGAGUAACAGGCAUUUGGAUGACACUGGAGAGGAUAUUCUGUUUGAUCCUGAUGAUAAAAAUAAAGACAUUCUCUCACUUCCAUUUGCUCGCCAGUGUUUGAACAAAGCCCUUGAUUUAUUAACCGAGCUGGAAGAAAAAAAAUCAAAACACAAUGCUUCACGCUCUGCAUCAGAAGUGGAAGUAACAAGCCAUAAGACAACAGGAUCACAUGGAGCCUCUAGAGGAGCAGCCUCUAUGCUAACUGGUGCGAAUGGUGAUUCUAAAGAAACCAAGGUGAACCGUGGCACUAUAUUUCAGAGUUCUCUUUCUUCGUAUCUAGAUUUGUCCCAAAAAGAGAACCAUAUGAUAAAGCAGGCAGUUCUAGCUGACCUAGCAUACGUGGAGCUUAGCUUGGAAAAUCCAAAGAAAGCACUUGCUGCUGCAAUUCGACUUCAGCAAUUGCCUGGCUGUUCCAGGAUGUAUAAUUUUCUCAGCCGUGUAUACGCAGCUGAAGCACAUUGCCACCUGAACGAACCUAAAGAAGCAGCGAAGCAAUUAUCGGUAUAUCUCUUAGACACGACUGAUGUCACUUUUCCAUACAGUGAUGAGGACAGAGAGAGAUGGCAAGUUGAUGAAGCUCAAGGUGGCAAAACCUUGAAGCCCGAAGAGGCUCGUGGCAUUCUUUACCUCAACAUUGCCACUAUGUUUUCCAUUGAGGGAAAUUCCGAAAUGGCUAGUCAGUUUGUAACUAAAGCAUUGUCUCACGUACCGAAUAACCCCCGAGCUAUUCUUGCUGCGAUUUACGUGGAUCUCCUAUGGGGUAAGACACAAGACGCCCUCGUCAAGUUGAAACAAAGCAGGCAUGUGAGAUUCUACUCAAGUACAGAGGCUAAACAAUGAAAUGAGCAGCUUAGGAUGUUUUUGUGUUCUUUUUUUUAUUUUUCCGGUUUUCCCAAUUGAUUUGUAUCCUCCCGUGUGUUCGGUUAGAUGAAAAGCUUUACCGGAGGGAUAAUUUCGAUGCUAGUGUUUUUAUGUACCAUAGAAAAAUGAUUGUUGGUAGAAAUAAGUAUUUUUCCUACCAUUACCAAUAGGGUCGUUUUGUGGUGUAUGACAGAUUAAUUUUGAUCUGUUUGUGCCCAGCUUUUGAUCUUACCAUGUAAUGCAUGUCAAUGAUAGAGAAGAAGAAACAGCACCUUUUUUAGGAUUUUGCUAAAAUUUCAUUCAUUUAACAGUGAUGUUAAUGGGAA